AUGGAGAGUGAGGAGGUCGGACUGUGCUUCCCUCACCUCCUCAACAGCUCGUGCAGAAGGGCCCAAAGUCACUCACCCGAGGCUGUGCUCAUCUACACAGUGCUCUUCCUCCUCUCCCUGCUCACGGCCACACUCAACCUGCUCGUCAUCGUCUCCAUCGCACACUUCAGACAGCUCCACUCCGCCACUAACCUCAUCCUCCUCUCACUGGCUGUCUCAGACUUCUUCAUCGGCCUCGUGGUGGUCCCGGUGGAGACCUUUAUGUGGAAAAGUUGCUGGCUUUUCGGAGACUUGCUGUGCCUCCUCUACUUCCUCCUCCCCAUCACGUUAAUCAUAUCGUCCAUCAUCAGCGUCGUUCUCAUUUCAGUCGAUCGCUACGUCGCCAUCUGUCACCCCAUGCACUACCACACCAGGAUAACGAUGAAACGCGUCCAAGUCACCGUCUGUGUUAGUUGGGUUUACUCGUUUUUCUUCGCCGUGGGCAUACUUCACGAAAACUAUUACAACUUAGGCGCGUACAAGUCCUGCCACGGCGAGUGUCUGAUAACCAUAGCUGUUGCUGCCGAUCUUGUUUUGGGUUUUUUCAUUCCUAUUUCCAUUAUCGUUAUCAUGUAUUUGCUGGUGUUUGUCGUGGCCGUGUCCCAAGCCAGAGCCAUGCGUUCAAAAGUCGCAACAGUCACAUUUCACAGCACGCAAUCCAAGAAAUCUGAAAUUAAAGCGGCAAGAAACUUAGGCAUUUUAGUCCUGGUUUACCUCAUGUGUUACUCUCCGUACUGUGUGGUGCUCGCCGGGCAGCCUAUUUUGGUUGGCAUGUCUCUUGAAGUGAUCAUGAUUUUUGUGAUGUACGUGAACUCAUGUUUAAAUCCGCUUAUUUAUGCCCUGUUUUAUCCCUGGUUUAGAAAAGCCACUAAAAUCAUAGUCACGUUAGAAAUACUUAAACCCGGAUCACGUGAUUUUAAGAUUAUCUAG